CUACACCUCCCAGCAGCCUGCUCGGCACCCAUGGAAGGGCAGAGUUCACUGUCACGUUGACAGCAGAGGAUUAAGGUUGUGCGUUGGGGGCACAGGCUGUCCUGCCACCACCAGAGCCAAAGGGCCUCUGGGAAGGGCGAGCGGAGGGGCCAGCGCUGGCCUGCUCUUGUUGCCCCUCUGCUUCACUUCACCGCCCUGACCGGCUCCGAACCUGCUCGGGCUUAUGGGCGAUUAGUCACAAUUCCCGAGGCCAAGACGGGAUGGUGUCUGUGAGGGGGCUUGGUCAGCCACUCAAACGAACGGCAGGGAGAUACAUCUCCUUAUGACCGAAGGAGAAAGUGAAAACGGUACAGAAGCCUGAGCUCCAGGGGAGAAAGAAAAUGGAAGAGAAUCCAAGUGUGGAUCUGUCUGGAGCUGGGCCAGCCCAAGAUGAGGUGGAAAGCACAGCAGAGCACCCUGUGCACCAAGAGCCCACCCAAGAAACACUUGAGCACCAAGUGACAAGCAGGUGGCCUGAGACCUCCUGCAAACCACAGGAGGACUCUUUGGUAUGUAAGUCACCAACUUUGGAUGGAGGAGGGAUGACACUGUCGGAUUCAGCUGGCCCCACAGUAAAGGAAAAGGUUGCCCAGGAAACUGAAGUAUCACUGGAAGAAUCUGGGAAGACAAGAGAUGGUGUCUCAGAAAGAUCACAGGAAGAAGAUGACUUGGAUGAAGCCAGGCUGGCCCAUGAUAAAAUGGACAGCGAAGGAGACAGCCCUGUCCACCAGGAAACAAGGGAGGACCAGGAGACAAGCAGGCAAUGUGAAAGCUCCUUCACAGCAGAGGAAGAUGCUUCAUCAAGAAGCAAGUCACUGAGCUCUGACAGUAAAAUGACACAUUUGGAUGUGACUGCCACAGAAGAUGUCACCAAGGGCUUCUUGGCAGAGAAGAGCACCAGUGCCCCUCUCCUAGAUCAGGAGCCAGAAGAGCACAUACAGCAAGAAACACAGGAGAGCGGAUCCCAAGGCACGUUAAGGAACAGACGUGGGACCGAAGGGCACACAGCCCCAAAGCCAGAGGCUCAGUCCUGCUUGCAGAAUGUCCCCACCCAAAACACAGACGAGGAGAAGACCCAAGAGUCCCUCUUGCUGAAAGGUGAGGAAAAGAAGCUUCCCUUGCAUGUUACUCAUCGACCAGAAGGCACUAAUCCUCCAGGAAUAAGGCUUGUCAUCGUGAGCCUCGUACUGCUCGGCUUCUGCAUAUUCUGCUUCGGCAACCCAGCCUCCAAGUCCCAGCAAGUCCCCAAGAACCCCACGGUGGAGGCAUUCCUGUCCCAGUUCAACCAGCUGCCGGACAAGUUUCCAGGACAGAGUCCGCACCUGUGGCUUCGUGGGCGCAAGUUCCUGCAGAAGCACCUCAAUGCAUCCCACCACACGCAGCCGGCCAUCAUCAUCUUCACAGCCGCCCGCAAGGGUGAGUGGACCUUGCGAUGCCUUAGCACCUGUGUGGCCAACACCUACUCGGCCGCCCUGCACGCCAGCACGGUCCAGAUCAACGGCACGGAUAAAUCCAGGCUCCAGAGUGACCAGGCCAAGCUGGAGGUGGACUCAGAGCUGAGCUCAGCUUUCCAGGCUGGGGGCCGUGCUGCAGUGAUACACCGCUUUGAGUUACUGCCGGCAGGGGCCACCCUCAUCUUCUACAAGUACUGCGACCAUGAAAGUGCUGCUUUCAAGAACGUGGCCCUGCUGCUGACCGUGCUGCUGGAGGAGGAGACACUGGAGACCCACAUCAGCCUCCAGCAGGUGGAAGAGAGGGUCCGUGACUUUCUCUGGGCCAAGUUCACCAACACCAGGACCCCCAGCUCCUAUGACCACAUGGACUCCGACAAGCUGAGCGGGCUGUGGAGCCGCAUCUCCCACCUAGUCCUACCAAUCCACCCGGUGCAGACUAUUGAGAAGGGGGGCUGCCAUGUCCACACCAAACCCUAGGGGCAAAGGCUGCCAGAGUCCUGGGAAGGGUUGGAAAGACAGUUCUGGCAAACUCCAGUGCAGGUGGAGGCACAAGCAGUGCUAUUUCUCUUCAAUUUGUUUCUCUUUCUUGGGAAGAGUUUGACAGGUACAAGUUGAUACAGGCCAUUUGGCCAGCUGAGUCCUGGAGGUGAUAGAUCACAUACUUCCUUCUGGCAGAUGGGAAGAGUGGAUAUUUUAGGUAUUUGGUAGAUAUUGCACAGAAGAACAUCACUCUGUGGGGAGGCAGGAAGGAAAACAGGACUUUGCAGCUAGCAUUCCUAUCAGUAAAUACACAAAUAACGUACACAACUAGUAUGCCAGAAAAAUACUUCAGUUCAGUAGCUUUUUCAUUUCUCCCUGCCCCUCAGUUUGCUAAUGUAAUGUACAUCAGUCUCACAAUGUACUCUAUCUAGAAUGUUUCUCUCUCUUUGCAGAGAGCCGCUGGAACACAGGAAGGUCAAAUUCCCCAAAGCCCAACAUUUUGAAGGCAUGCUUCAAAAAGAAAACCAGUUUGCUAGUCAAGGGUUUGACCAGUCAGUCCUGAUAGAGUCCCACUCGCACAGACUGAAUGACACCCAGCAAAGACCAGAUCCUAAAUAUAGGAUGUUCAAACAAACCUGCAAUUCAGAAAUCCCCUAAACAUCAAUUACAAGAAAUUUCAGGUUGUCAGCACUUAAACACUGCACUAAAGGGGGGGGGGGGGGGCGGGAUCCCAUAUGCCAGAGAAUAAGCUCCAAAGAUAGAGAGCAAUGAAACAGAAACCACUUUACAGUCAUUCUGAUAGUGUGAAGCCUUAAGGGCCUGCACAGGUGAAAGAAUGAGUAAUACAGUUUGACUUAAUGCUACUUCUUUAAAAAAAAGGCCACUCUUGAUCCCUUUGCUAUCACAAGGCUAUGACUAUCUCUUUUGGCUAAUGCAUCAGCUUUGGUCCUACACGAUAGAUUGCUCUUCACCCAGAUCUCUGAUCUGUGUGUGGGACAGGAAGCCACCUGCCUACCUCUCCUCAGAUAACUUUUGUUGAUGAAUGAAGAUGUUAGCAUUGAUAUUUAUUUCAAACCACAUGGGGUGGCACACCACAUCCUUACCCUCCAAAGGUAUAUUUGCUUCCCUGCCAGGCAGCUGGUGCUCUGGCAUACGCUAAAGCAACUAGGAGCAGAGCUGGGAUGAGCUGGAAAAGACAGCCUCUGGCGUUAACACUAAAAAUCCUCAACAAAACAGCUUGGUUUCUUACUGUGCCUCCUCUUCUGCAUCCCAAGAAGAGAAAUCUGAGUCCUGGAAAUACUGUGGUGCCCUUGCACACUGUGUUUCUACAGAUGCUCUGGGGUAGAGCAGCCAACUCAGAGAACACCUGGGGGAUAUGUGCAGGUUACAGCAUUUAUAGUAACGCAGCAGUCAGCCCCAGGUGUCAACCCCUUGUGCCUAUGGUGCUGCCUGCCAGAGAAGGAGCAGCUGUAGCAGAGCACGGCUUAUUUCCAUAUAAGCAGCACAGACUGGGGCCUUGCAGAGCCAUGCUCUGUGUCCAAAGAAGACACAAAUCAAGAACACUAUGGUGUUUUCACAAGCAGCACAUUUGAGUGCUCCUUACAGCAACUGGACCCUGGCGUUGGCCGGGUCUCCUGCCAGCGGUGCCUUGCUGAUCUGCCCCACCGAUGGCUCAGCUGAGGCACAGCCCUGCACCCUAAAACCACAGCCUGUCUUUUCUUUCCUCCUACCACGUGCCUUGACCUGGCUCAGGAGAUUGGUGGCCAUUAACUUGGAAGAGGGGACAAAAUGAAGGAAGAGGAGGGGGUUAUUUGUUCAUGCUCUAACCAAAGAACAGACUUUUUGGUUGCUUGGGGACAUGAAGACAAGACCACAGGGGUUUUCACCGUGACAAACACUGGGCUAGAUGUGAGAAUUACCUGCUGGAGCCCAGCAUCAGCAGGGCAGCCCAGGGCAUGGUUUUGUACAAGAUACAGGUUGCUUCUUCCUCCUCCCCUCCUUUUUAUUGCCGUACACUACUUUGGUAACAGAAAACACUGUUUCUGCUCUGCAUGGUUCAGUAUGGGUGUUGAGGUAAGAACCGGCAGAGCAUUAAUCAUGUUAUGUCAAUAUCUUGAGGGAAAUCUGUAUUUUGACAUUAUCUUGCUCUCAGUUUUAUGUACUGUGUUUGUAAUGCAUAGCCAAGGUAUGCAAGGACAACUUCAUGCUGUUUGGGCACAUCACUGUAAGUGUCAUCCCUCCCAGCUGUUCUAAUGUAGAGGUAUUUUUAUGAGCUUUUAAAGACAAAAUAUCUGAUUGCUUCUGAAACAAGACUUUUAUUUAAAAAUAAAGAGUGAGAUUGUGAAAGAAACCA